UUUCUUCACCAUUUUUUAACAACUUUUUAAUGGAAAUUCUUGUCUUACCUUGAAGCCAAAAUAACGGCCAAUUAGCAGAGUUGAUCGGAUAAGAGUGAAGAAGACAACCACUCAACUACUCACCGGAGCUUCCACCAACAAAAAUCCGCCCUUUUGAUUCCGAUGGACCUUCAAGCGCCCUGCAAUAUCUUCUGUACCACAAAUUACCGGACUCCCUCACUUUUCCGACAAUGUUCGCUGUCGAGAAAUGCGAUUAACUACAACACGAGUUCCUCGAGAUGUCGCCGUGGUACGACGUCAUCGGAGUUUCAAGUUACUACAGGAAUACCCCGUCCCCCACGCAUAUCCGUUGCUUCAUCGGCUCCAAGCCAUAAGGUCACUGUUCACGAUAGACAACGAGAUGUGGUGCACGAAUUCUACGUUCCAGAGGAUCAAUAUAUAUUGCACACAGCUGAAUCACAGGACAUAUCAUUGCCAUUUGCUUGCAGGCACGGUUGUUGUACUAGUUGUGCUGUUCGUAUAAAAUCUGGAGAAAUUAGACAGCCUGAAGCGUUAGGGAUAUCUGCAGAACUGAAAGCUAAGGGUUUUGCACUCCUUUGUGUUGGUUUCCCAAGUUCUGAUGUUGAAGUUGAAACGCAAGACGAGGAUGAGGUAUAUUGGCUUCAAUUUGGACGUUAUUUUGCACGAGGACCUAUUGAAAGGGAUGACUAUGCACUCGAACUCGCCAUGGGUGACGAGUAAGCUCUCAAAUUAGAUUGUAAAUUAUAAGGAAAUCAUUCAUUAAGUCAAUAUUAAUAUGUUCUAUUUUGUAAUUCCUCUCUCUUUUUGAGAAUAUUUUUAUACUGUUAGGACAUUGAGAAGCUCUGCUGUUUCCUUUCAAAGAGUAGUAAUACAUAUGACAUAUUUGGCCACUUGAUC